AGCUUGUUGGGUCUGCCGUUCGGAAAAAGGCUCGUUCUCAAUACUCUCAAUCAAUCUCAAAGCAGCACCUUGCCGAAACUCCCAUCAACCCGAACCUCAACCUCCCACGAUACCCACGAAUCCGUCAUCAUGUCUUGGCUCGGUGUUCAGCCCCUCAAGAAGUUCAACGCUCCCUUCUUGAAGCCUUACUGGCCUUUCUUCGCUGCCGGUGUUGUCAUUGCCUACGGUGUCAACUCUGCCCAGAACGCCAUGAUGAACUCCGCCGAGUUCAAGAACGACCCCCGCAACCCCAACGCCAAGACUGGUGGUCACUAA